AUGAAGGCGGUGCAAUGUCUGGCAGUGUUGGACUGCUUAGUCAGCCUCGGAUUACUCAGCAGCCAGAGCGAAGGAUACACCAAGCCUGAAGUAGUUGCGGCUAGUGCGGCAAAUGAAGGAACUCCUUUCAUUGAUAUCAAGGACGGUGUACACCCUUGUGUUGCUGCAACCUACGACAGCGGCGAUUUCAUUCCAAAUGAUGCGCGCUUAGGUAUUAAAGGAAAGGGUCACAUGGUCCUCCUCAGUGGACCGAACAUGGGCGGAAAGUCAACGUUGCUGCGCCAAACCUGUGUUUUAACCCUCAUGGCUCAGAUUGGCAGCUUCGUUCCUGCUGCAAAAUGUCGUCUUAGUCCCGUGGAUCGUAUUUUCACUCGCAUUGGUGCGUCUGAUCGCAUCCUUGCUGGUCAAAGUACGCUUUACGUGGAGCUAGCUGAGACUGCGACGAUUCUGAACCACGCAACGAGCCACUCGCUUGUCAUUCUGGACGAGUUGGGACGUGGUACCUCUACGUUUGACGGCACCGCUAUCGCAUACUCGGUUAUUGAGCAUUUAUUGAGCAAGAUUCAGUGUCGGACCAUGUUCGCGACGCACUAUCACUCCCUCAUUGAAGAGUAUGCCGGAAAUGAAAAGGUAUCGUUGGGUCACAUGGGCUGCGUCGUUGAUCCCGAGAACGAUCGCAAGGUCACGUUCUUAUACAAGUUAAAAGACGGUAUGUGUCCAAAGAGCUACGGUCUCAACGUCGCCAUGCUGGCCAAGCUUCCAGACGAAGUGAUCAAGUGUGCAGCGAAUAAAUCGGAGCAAUUUGAGCGUUCCUUACAGUCCAACAACGCUCAGUCCAAGCUAGUGAGUCUUGAAAUGGCGCAACAAGUGAAGGAUGCAUUAGCUAAAGGCGAAGCAGGUUUAGACAAACUCAGACAAUUGUGGGCACAAGUGCGCAGCAGCAUAGAAGCCAUCCAAAAGUGUAGCCAUGUGACGUUGUCGCCCCUGACGUCGCCUGAACCACCAAAUUAA